CUUGAAAUGUUAACUAAUGUGGUGAACUCAGGUAACAGGAGAUCCUGGGAAGAUGUUAGCUGUGCAAAGAAAUUUAAGCAAGUUUGGGAUCAAAGAAAUUGCUAGAACUGCAAAGAUUGCCCUUAGAAGGGAAAAAAUGGGCGCAUCCGCUCCAUUCUGGCGACUUUCAGCAGCUUCAUAUCCCGAUCUUCAAGAAACAGUACCAAAUAACGCUCUUGCACGGGCCACAGAUAGAUCAGUAGUUAGUGACGCUGAUGCUUCUGGAGGGUUUCUUUGUAUUUGGAAGAUGCUGUGCCAAAGAUUAGCCUAAUGGAGACUAUCCAUCCAACAUGCUUUUGUGACUGUAAGUUCUAAACAUGGGUAUAAAUUCAAACUAGGGCUUGUAGAUUGCACCCUAUAGGAUUCUUACAGAAAGAUGUCUCUUUAUUUCUGGUUAGUAGAAGUAGUGAGCUGGUUAUGUACAUUAUGAAAGCCUUUUGUUUUUCAUUCAUGAUCCCAUGGAUUGAAAUAAUUAAUGAUUGAUGUCUUUGUUCUGUA